UAAACAGUGGCUCCGAGUAGACCGACAAAAGGUUCGAGCGCGCGCGUGGCCUGCUUAGGUGAAUAUUUGUUUGACAGUUGAGGUCGGGCGCCCUGUUUUGAAAGGGCGCGCGCGCGCGCGGAGAGAGAGGGCGGCUUGAGUGACGUUUGUUUAGUGCCUCGUUUUUUUUGCAUUAUGUGAGCGCGCGACUUGACUAUUUUUUCUCGAUAUUUUUUUUUGUUUCAAUAGUGAAGUGCAGACGGCUUUUUUUCCUAAGCUUGAUUUGAAGGAGGAAAAAAAAGCUCACAUAAAUUGUCUGCGCGGGGUAAACAUUUGAGAAUAACGCACACGUUGCUGAUUUUGUACUUGCGGUGUAAUAUAGAGAGUGAUUUGUUUGGGUGUUUGGAUGAUUUUUGGGCGGAAGAGAGUGGACGGAAAGCGAAAUCGGAGAAGAGUAGACAAAAAAAUCGAGAGUGAAAUUGUCUUGGCUUGCUGCGUCGGCGUCGGGGUGUGAAGUGGAUUUUUUUCUGAGCUGACGUUUCGAUUUUUUGGACGAGUGCGCUUCAUCAGGAUUAAAAGCACAGCAUCUAUGACCCCCCGAUAGCGGUCGCGGACGACCGAUUCCGGUUCCGUGUUUCUCCGUGCACCAGGGAGGUUACCAGGCUCACCCACAGACCAACAGCAAAACCAGCUGCGCGCGCGAUGGACAAGCUCGAGCUGGACAUCCGAAAGGAGAUCGAGGAGCUGAACACGAGCGUCUCCCUGAUCGACCGGCUCGACGACGACGGCACGCUGGACGACGAGCGGCAGGAACAGCUGCUGUCCUCGACGCGGGCCGUCUUCGAGAACGUCAACUCGAGCCACGCCAAAAACAGCCUCACGGAUUCGCAGAUUUCGAUCAUUUCGAAGCAUGACGGCUAUCCGGACUCGGGACACUUUUACGCGACCCCGCAGACGCCGACCUCCGCCACCGGCACCGACGGGGACUGCUGCAAGGACGUCGGAACCACCACCGACGGGGACAAAACGCUGACGACGUUGCACAGCCGGACGACGACGGGAGUGACCAGCGACAGCACCAGCAGCAAAGACACCAAGCCCGGCGAUUCGACCAGCUGCACGACGUCCGGCAAGUGCUCGAAAAAGGACGCAGCCAAAAAGAGCAAAGCCGACAAGAAGGCCGCAGCCAAACAGAAAGCCGCUGCGGCAGCGGCCGCCGCAAACCCCAAACUGGCCGAACAGUACUCACCCAACGGCGGCGGCGGGAACUCCUCCCUGGUCAGUUUCCUCUUCCCGCCCGGUUCCCCGCACCUGAAAAAGAGCCAUCUCCCCUCCACGGUCGUCCUGGGCAUCCUCCAGCUGCUGUUCAGCGUGGCCCUGGCGGCGCUCGGUGGCCUCGUGCUCGCCCGGAACGCCUCGCUCGCCAUGGCCGGAACGGGCCUCUGGUGUGGUGCCAUCGCCGGCAUUGCCGGCUCCCUGGGCCUAAUGAACGUCAAGAUGGCCAAGACGGGCUUCCUGGCCGUGAACCUGAUCUGCGUCGCGUCCAGCACGCUCGGGCUCGCCCUCACCGGGAUCGGCGCCGUGCGGGACGCCAACCUGGCUCAGCAGGAUGAGUCUUUUUGGUACGCAGUGACAGCCGGUUCCGGACUGUUGAUCGCGCUGGCGCUUCACUUUCUCGUCAGCGUCUUCUCCGUUUACUACUCGGCGCUGAAGCUGUGCUCCAGACCGUCCCACAAGUCCCAGCUGAUGGAGAACGUCAUCAACAGCAGCAGUUCGGCGGCCGGGCCCGGCUCGCCGGCCUUUAUGGCCUCCCAGCAGAAGGUCGAGGACUACAUCAACUCGCUGCAGAUCGACCCCUCGCUCAAGGACAUGAUGUACCAGACGAUGAUGAACAGCCACCACCAGCAGCACCAUCACCGCAGCUUUGGCGGCAAUUCGUCCGUCUACGGCGAAAAGCAGCAGCACCGGUCGGACACGUUCAGCAACGGGACGGGCACGGGGACGGCCCGCCCGGUGAUGCUGGUUCCGGCCUGCGCCGGCAAUGGGCUUCCACCGAUGCUGCAGAUGUACCCGAACGGGCCGCCACCCCCGCCGCCGGGCGGCCCUCCGAUGAUGUACCCGCCGAACCACCUGAUGCCACCGGGCGUCAUGCCGCAGCAGUACCCGCCCAUGUACCCGGAGUCGGCCCUGCUGGAGGCGCACAUUGCCCGCGUCAACCGGAAGCGCUCGAUGCGGGCCGCCUCCCAGCAGAGUCUGGCCACGGCGGCGGCCGCCGAGGAGCAGCAGCAGAAGGCCUUCACGUACACGGGCCUCGACCGGGACAUUGCCGAUAGUUAUUUGGCCAAGGAGGAGGAGAAGCACCUGCAGAGCAGCAGCAUCGUGAGUUCAGGUGGAAAUACGGGAACGUUGAGGGCCGGUGGAGGACCACAUUCCGGGACGGAUAGCGGGCCGGAGCCGCCGCUGACGUACCACCACGAUCUGAUGCUGAUCGACCAUCGACACCACUUCAAUCGCUACAACGAUGUGCACAUGUAAAGUGAGGUUAGGAAGCAACCUCGGGAGGUUACUCUGCUCAAGCGGAUUUUAGCGCGCGAUCGAAUAAAAAACAAGGACAUUAUUACGUAAUUUAAGGCCCAACUACCGACUAAACUCUGUAUCAUAGAACCUGUGUACAUUCCACUCUUUUGUUUUUAUUUUGUGUUUUUAAACUCUAAUAAAUUAUGUCGUGAGUUUUUGACUAGAAGUCCUCGUCGCUCUGGUGGUUGUCCGGAUGGUGCUUGACCGGGCCGCCACCGCCGCGGUUCAGCGUAGAGUUCUCCCUAGUCAGCUUCGUUAGGGUGGUCGGCGGCGCGUCCAGAUCGUCCUCGUCGACGUCAUCAUCGUCGUCGUCGUCGUCGUCCACAUCCGAGCGGAGUUCGUCAAUCACUGGAAAUAAACCAAAAAUG